GGGUUUAAGUGAAUUUUCAAGUUUGAAUGUCUAUCAAUGCCUUUUGGCCGAUGGUUUUGGCCAAAUUAGUUUAAAGCAUAACGACAAGUUGAUCGGACAAUCCUCAUAAGCUUACCUUAGCUCUCCGAUAUAUUAAAAAAAUAAGAAUAUUUUGAAACGGGGGAGCAGUGAAAACAGCGUAUUUUAGCAUCAAGAACAGUGACGGACUUGGCAAGAAUCCAUAUCGCAGAGAGACGGAGUUCACUAUGCGACACAAGAGUGAACAAGAGCAGAUCAAGCUGGCCCUGUCUUUUGCCGUAUAUUCCAAAGCCCAUCACAACCGUCACAUUUCUAAAUCAACGGCCUAGAUUCACCCCACAGAUUUACUCAACUCCCCUUAUAGUCAGUCCCCUAUUUCGACCAAGAUCUCUUCUGAGUUUAACAGAUCUCUGAACUCACACUUGGCCAUCACCAAAGAUGUCGUCUUUGGCCCUCACCUCCGCCGUCAACCUCCGUCUACGGCCAACUCGUUCUCAAAACCCCCGCAUUUCCAUCCCCCAAUCCCUCCAAUUCACUCAAACAUCACAAAAAACCGCAUUCAACAACUCCAUAAAUCUUGGAAAAUUUUUGAAUCUUGGAAAAAUUUCGAUUCUUGUUAAAUCCCGGAAAAGGGCAAUUGUAAAGGCAUCAGCAGCAUCUUCAUCUCCUGCAAUAGUCCCACAACAACCACCAUGGCAAGGUGCAGCAAUGAAGCCACUGAUUGCUUCUAUAGCAACUGGAGUUAUACUAUGGUUUAUCCCUGCACCUACUGGUGUAACAAGAAAUGCAUGGCAGUUAUUAGCUAUCUUUCUUGCUACUAUUGUUGGGAUUAUUACUCAACCUUUACCACUUGGUGCUGUUGCACUUAUGGGUCUUGGUGCUUGUGUAUUAACUAAAACACUUACUUUUGCUGCUGCAUUCUCAGCUUUUGGUGAUCCAAUUCCAUGGUUAAUUGCUCUUGCGUUCUUUUUCGCAAGAGGGUUUAUUAAAACUGGAUUAGGGAAUAGGAUUGCUUAUCAGUUUGUUAAAUUGUUUGGUAGCUCUUCACUGGGGUUGGGUUAUAGUUUGGUUUUCAGUGAAGCACUUUUAGCUCCUGCUAUUCCUUCUGUUUCUGCAAGGGCUGGUGGGAUUUUCUUGCCAUUGGUUAAGUCACUUUGUGUGGCUUGUGGUAGUAAUACAGGUGAUGGAACUGAGAAUAAGUUGGGAUCUUGGUUGAUGCUUACUUGUUUUCAGACAUCUGUAAUUUCGUCGUCCAUGUUCUUGACGGCUAUGGCUGCGAAUCCUCUGAGUGCGAAUUUGACUCUUAGUACUAUUCAUCAGACAAUUGGGUGGAUGGAUUGGGCUAAGGCAGCCAUUGUUCCUGGUUUGGUUUCUUUGAUUGUGGUACCGUUGUUGUUGUAUAUCAUUUACCCGCCUACUGUUAAGAGUAGCCCUGACGCUCCUAGGUUGGCUAAGGAGAAGUUGGAGAAGAUGGGCCCAAUGUCUAAGAAUGAAAUUAUAAUGGCUGGAACUCUGGUUCUAACGGUCGGACUUUGGGUUUUUGGUGGCACAUUAAAGGUUGAUGCUGUUACUGCAGCAAUUCUUGGACUAUCUGUACUCCUUGUGACUGGGGUAGUCACAUGGAAGGAAUGCUUGGGUGAGGCAGUUGCUUGGGACACCCUUACUUGGUUUGCUGCACUGAUUGCAAUGGCUGGUUAUCUGAACAAAUAUGGUCUCAUCUCUUGGUUUAGUGAGACCGUGGUCAAGGUUGUUGGUGGAUUAGGUCUUUCAUGGCAGUUGUCGUUUGGAAUUCUUGUUCUUCUGUACUUCUACUCCCACUACUUCUUUGCAAGUGGAGCUGCUCAUAUCGGAGCGAUGUUCACAGCUUUCUUAUCUGUUGCUAGUGCAUUAGGUACUCCACCAUACUUGGGAGCAUUGGUGCUCUCAUUCCUCUCUAACCUUAUGGGUGGAAUUACCCACUAUGGAAUUGGAUCAGCCCCUGUAUUCUAUGGUGCAAACUACGUCCCCCUUGCAAAAUGGUGGGGAUACGGGUUUGUAUGUUCUAUCGUCAACCUUAUUAUCUGGCUUGGUGUCGGAGGAAUAUGGUGGAAGGCCAUUGGCUUGUGGUAGAGUUGAUGGUUAAGAUGACAGCAUCUGAUUUAUAGUAGUUAAUGAUACCUGUUACAAGCUCCUCGUAUUAUCUUGACAUGGACUGUUAAGAUAAGCGUUCUAUUCUUUUUUGUUGAAAUAAGUCUUGGCAAUUUUUUGGUAAGUCUGUAAAUUAGGUCCAUUUGUAGCUGAAGUUCAAGUUUUUACUGAAUUUUUUUGACAUUGAAACUUCAAAUUAUAAGAGCUUAGUGAUUAGCUCCA